CAUGACGGGGGUGAGCCGCUUUGGCACCUCCCAUUUCAAGAUGGCGUCGCUGCUGCAAUCGGAGCGGGUUCUGUACCUGGUCCAAGGAGAGAAAAAGGUUCGGGCUCCACUUUCGCAGCUGUACUUUUGCCGCUACUGCAGCGAGUUGAGAUCGCUGGAAUGUGUCUCACACGAGGUGGACUCACAUUACUGUCCCAGUUGCCUGGAGAAUAUGCCGUCAGCUGAAGCAAAGCUUAAAAAAAACAGAUGUGCCAACUGUUUUGACUGUCCUGGCUGUAUGCAUACUCUUUCUACUCGGGCUACAAGCAUUCCCACACAGCUUCCCGAUGAUCCAGCCAAGACCACCAUGAAGAAAGCCUAUUACCUGGCCUGUGGAUUUUGUCGUUGGACAUCUAGAGAUGUAGGCAUGGCAGACAAAUCUGUUGCCAGUGGUGGGUGGCAGGAACCCGAAAAUCCUCACACACAAAGAAUGAACAAACUGGUCGAGUAUUACCAGCAGCUGGCUCAGAAGGAAAAAGUGGAACGAGAUCGCAAAAAGCUGGCCCGGCGUCGAAACUACAUGCCCCUGGCAUUUUCGCAACACACUAUUCAUGUAGUGGACAAAUACGGCCUUGGAACCAGGCUUCAGAGACCAAGAGCUGGAGCUCCUAUCAGUACCCUUGCAGGACUUUCCCUUAAGGAAGGAGAAGACCAAAAAGAGAUCAAGAUUGAGCCAGCGCAAGCUGUGGAAGAAGUGGAACCUCUUCCUGAGGACUACUAUACAAGACCAGUAAAUCUAACAGAGGUGACUACCCUGCAUCAGCGCCUCUUACAGCCUGACUUCCAGCCAAUCUGUGCUUCCCAGCUCUAUCCUCGACACAAACAUCUGCUGAUCAAACGAUCACUGCGUUGUCGAAAAUGUGAACAUAAUUUGAGUAAACCAGAAUUCAAUCCAACAUCCAUCAAAUUCAAAAUCCAACUUGUUGCUGUCAAUUAUAUCCCAGAAGUCAGAAUCAUGUCAAUCCCAAACCUACGCUACAUGAAGGAAAGCCAGGUCCUGCUGACUCUUACAAACCCAGUGGAGAACCUUACCCAUGUGACUCUGUUGGAAUGUGAAGAGGGAGACCCUGAUAACAUCAAUAGUACUGCAAAGGUGGUUGUUCCUCCCAAGGAACUUGUUCUAGCUGGCAAGGAUGCAGCAGCAGAAUACGAUGAAUUGGCAGAGCCUCAGGAUUUUCAGGACGACCCUGACAUCAUAGCCUUCAGGAAAGCCAACAAAGUGGGCAUUUUCAUCAAAGUCACCCCACAACGCGAGGAAGGUGAGGUGACCGUAUGUUUUAAGAUGAAGCAUGAAUUUAAAAACCUGGCCGCUCCAGUUCGACCUAUUGAGGAAGGGGACCAGGGCUCUGAAGUCAUCUGGCUCACCCAGCAUGUGGAGCUCAGUCUCGGCCCACUGCUCCCAUGAUGGACCCUAAUGAUGAGCAAACCUCAAAGGACAGCAUGGAGAUUCUCGCACUGCAGUGGAACAUCUGGAAAUGCUGAAACCACUGAAGCCUCGACUUCAUUAGGCCUCACUUAUGCUAUACACAUACACUACUGAUAUCUGUUAGGGGAGUGGGAAACAUGGGUUAAGGGACAAGAAAUCCCGAAUAGCUGCAGUUCUUUAUUCCACUGCUAUAAUACUCACCUGUAAAUCUUUGACUCCUUCACAAUCCUUGUACACUUUGACCUGCAACACUAUUUGAGCACAGAGAAAGGUGGCCACUUUAAGACUGUUACUGCCUCUUGCUAAAGUGGUAUUAGCUUCCCAGCCCUCAGAGUGCUUGUUCUAUGUCCAGACCAGUCUUAUGAAUACAAAUCAGAAUCUUACAGGAGAAGCUUCAGGCAGUACCCCAAAAUGGGCCUCCUGUUAUUUGGCCAGUAUUUAGAAAUAGAACACUCUUCUGUGCAUUCCACCAGAAAUUUUUUCAGUAGCCUAAAUAGAUCUUGCCAUUUCCCCUAGCAUAUUCCACCACAUACUUCAGAACUGACUUAUCUUUUGUACCUUGUUUAGCAAUUUCUGAUUCUUAAGCAGCUGUUGCUUGCCUUUUUGGUGGGAAAUGUUCUGCUGUUCACAAUGUGAAAUGAAACACCUGAUAUUAAAUGAUAGAAUGUGUUCUUUUCAAGAAGUAUUUUUAAAGCAGGUAAUUACAAGCCCAAGGAUGGUAAAUUUCAUUAAGUGUUGCAAAAAAUUUCCCCGGGAGAAGUGAUUUUUAUUUCCUUUCCUCUUCAGUCUCUGUCUCUUUAAUUCAGUAUUUGGGAAUUUCAAAUGCUUUCAGCAUUUGGAAACUUCCCAGGGCCCAAAGGAAGUUGAAGUAGAUAAGAUCAGUAUGCUUAAAAUUUCUGACCACCACCUCCCUCAAUCUGCUUACAACUUUAAAGGUUAGUUUAUUAGGCAUGUCUUAAAUUUAUGUUCUUUCCAGAAAUUUAAAGGAAAAAUCAUUAACUGUAUUCUCUUAGAUCCAAAAAUGAACAUCAAGAUAAAAACUGCCAUCCAUCCCCUUCCUGGGUUCCUGGCAUUUAGCUAUACCUAGAAUUUGUCAAGUAGCUAUUUUGGUUUUGGCAAAGUGGCUGAAAGGGUCCCACAGAAACUCUAGAAGUUUACUUCAUCAAUUUUUACUCACUCAGUAAGCUAAAUCUCCAUUUUAAGAGCUAAAUAGGUUGGGUUGCUAUAAUUGACAAUCAGACUUUUAGGGGCAGCUAGAUGGUGCAGUAGAUAGAGCACCGGCCCUGGAGUCAGGAGUACCUGAGUUCAAAUCCGGCCUCAGACACUUAACACUUACUAGCUGUGUGACCCUAGGCAAGUCACUUAACCCCAAUUGCCUCACUUUAAAAAAAAAAAAGAAAAAGAAAAUCAGACUUUUAGUAAAACAUGCCACUAAGUCCACCCUCCACUCCUAUUAUAGUGUUACUAAAUUCUGAUACGACUUGCAUUUUUCUUGAAAGAUUGGUAUCUCUUUCAGGAUGCACCUUUAAAGAUCAGUUUUGAAGCCAUCUCCCGAUUUGAUAAUUGAAUGAACAUAGGCUUAUUAACUUGUCUGUUGCCCCAUGAAAUAAAUAAAAAUUUAGCAUUAAAAAAAAGUUGUUAAGUUGCACUAUCUAGAGUAUACCAGUCAUGUUUGACUGUUUUUCCUGUAGAGCAACAAAUAUACUACAGUGGAAAGGAAAAUGUUCUUACCUAUAUAUUAUUAAAUGCUGACAAUAAAGUUUAGCAGCUUGAAAGAGGAAGGUGUGGCUUCUUGGAAGGCAGCGGAAAGAGCUUUUUUUUUUUAUGUCUAAGAAUUAUCUAAUCUUCCUUCCACUGUCAGAAAGGCUGCUGUGAUGGUAUUGUACCAUGUUUGUUGAUGAAGGAAAUGGGUAUCAAGAAAAAAAAUACCUUAAUGUGUUUGUAAAUUUGCAUAGAUUACACACAAUUGUACAAGCAUGAGUUUAUGAAAUGUAGCUGGUAUUUAUUCUUAAAUGUUAUGUUGAGAUAAUGACAACUGCUACUAUCAUCCCCCAUAUAUAACAGAACACUUAAACACUUUGGUCAUAAAGAUUUUCUUCAGAAUCCAGAUUAACUUGCAAAAUAACAAUACUAACUGGCAUAAUGUUCCCUUGAAAUAGUUUUUAGUGCAGACUGAUAGAAGUGUGUAUGUGGAAGUGAUUCAACACUUACUACACCUAGUGAAUUUGGGGUUCUAUCCUAGAUUACAUGAAAGAUUCUUUAGUACUUAUUCACUGUCUAUAACUGCAGGAAAAUCGAAUAUUACUAUUAUUAGCUAUUAUUUUGGAAACCAAAAGCUAUUAACUCAGAAUGGUGGUUUAUUUAGCCUACCAAAGUUUCAUUUUUCUUUAAAUGCUUUUAGGAGUGACUCCAGCAAAAUCCUGUGUAUAUUUUUGCUGAAGCAUCUCAUGUAUUCCCUCUAGGGGAAUAAGAGGCAUUCUGUCUUGAUCUCUGUUAAUGACAGGUUACUGUGUUGCCUUAUUGCUUAAUUUAAUGUAGUGAAAGAAAUAAAGUAGACAAAAAACCUU